CAGCACUUCCAGAAAACCUGCAGGAGACGGAGGAGUACUUCGCCGAGCUGCAGGACUGCGGACACUACGACGAAGACCAGCGCAGCUGCAUCUCUUUCCCGGCACACGAGCUCGCCUACCUCCACUCGGUGGGCGACUGCGCCCCGUGCCUCCUCAUCGCCGGCACCAGCGACGGCGCCAAGCUGCGUGCGCUCGAGUGCAUCCUCGGGGAGCGCGUGCUGCCCGACCUUCCCUCGGACGCGGACAAUGCGGGCGGUGGAACUGCCGACGGCGUCGGGAACGGCAAUGGCGGCGGCGGCGGCGACGGUGGCGGCAGCACGGGAGCGGCGUGCCGGGCAACGCGGCUGCGGCACGGCACGGAGCGUCGCGCCAGCCUCGUCCUGCCGGGGCAGUUUGAGCUGCUGCACCCGCAGCAGGCCACGCCGCCCCCGAGUUGCCAAGACCCGGCGUUCCGGCAAGCUCAGCUGGAGCUCAGCCUGCCGCACCCGCUGCUCAAGGAAGCUCGGCGUACGAACACCGAGGGCCUCCCGAAGCCCGUCGCCAUCCCUCACGAUCGCACGAUGCGGGAACCUGGCGGCCGCGUGCACGCGAGCGGAUUUCACGGCUCCACGUCCCCCGCGGGAGUGGCCCCCUCCUUGGGCUCGCGUUCCGCU